AAUCUCUGUGACACGGCCACACUGCUCUCCCUUUUAGGUUUCGUUUUGCGGUGUAAAAGUCGGAAAAGUUAAUUAAAAAGCGUUUUAGCGACCAAGGUCAACUGUAGGAUCCGACUACCCGCCACGCAAAGCAGCAGCAGCCGAUAUGAGCGACUACACGAGCAUUCUGCAGCGGGAGUUUCCCAAAAUCGACUCUGAGCUGCUUACCUAUGUCGUGGGAGUGCUCACCGGAAGUGAGGAGGAUUUCGAGACCGGCGACGACAUCUUUGAUGCGGUGGGAGACAUCCUCCAGAGCGUGGAUUGUGAGCGGCCGGAGGAAAGCGUCCGAGACUUGUGCGAGCAAUUCCUCAACAUCAUGAAGAACAACGGAGUCAACGUGGAGCGCAAGAUGCUGAAUGCGCCCGUCAACAUCGAGGAGAUGGCCAAGAACAUGGAGCGCCUGGACAAGGAUAUGCAGAGCAUAUGGGUGGUCAACAAGGAUGGCGCUAAUAAAGUUGAUUCGAAAAAACUGGAAAAGGCUGAGGCCAAGCUGCAGCAAAAGCAGGAGAAGCGACAGGAAGUCAACAAACAUGGAAUGAUUCCCGUGGCAGUGAAACUACAAACAGCUACGGCCUCCCAGGUCACCAAUAAAAAGAACACCAAGCUUGACCAGAAAGGCCUCAACCGCUCCAUGGACAUUAAAAUCGAGAACUUCGACCUCGCAUUUGGAGAAAAAGUGCUCCUGCAGAAUGCGAAUCUGCUACUGUUUUCCGGACGGCGCUACGGUUUGGUGGGACGGAAUGGCUUAGGCAAGACGACGCUGCUGCGGAUGAUUGCUGAGCGGCAACUGCAGAUACCCUCUCACAUUUCGGUGUUGCAUGUGGAGCAGGAGGUGAUGGGCGAUGACACACCUGCUGUGGACAGCGUGCUGGAAUGCGACACGGAGCGAACGAGGCUGCUCUCUCGGGAGAAGGAGAUCCUGGCUGCGCUAAACAAUGGCGUGCAGGAUGCGGCGCUAUCCAACGAGCUGAGCGAAACAUACGCGGCCCUGCAGAACAUCGAGGCGGACAAGGCGGUGGCCCGUGCAUCUGUGAUACUCAAGGGUUUGGGUUUCGAUGCGGAUAUGCAGCUACGACCCACCAAAUCCUUCUCUGGCGGCUGGCGUAUGCGUCUGGCCUUGGCCCGGGCGCUGUUCUCCAAGCCCGAUCUGCUGCUACUCGAUGAACCUACGAACAUGUUGGACAUUAAGGCAAUCAUCUGGCUGGAGAACUAUCUACAGACGUGGCCCACCACUGUAUUGGUUGUUUCCCACGACCGUAACUUCCUGGAUACCGUGCCGACAGACAUCAUACAUCUACAUUCCCAGGAGCUUGAGGCCUACAAGGGAAAUUAUGAGCAGUUUGAGAAGACAAAGACGGAGAAGCUAAAGGCUCAGAGGCGAGAAUACGAGGCUCAAAUGGCUCACAGACAACAUGUCCAGGAGUUUAUUGAUCGCUUCCGCUACAAUGCAAAUCGCGCCUCGUCGGUGCAGUCCAAAAUCAAGAUGCUGGAAAAACUUCCUGAGCUGAAACCGGUGGAAAAGGAGACGGUUGUAACGCUCAACUUCCCUGACGUGGAGCCCCUCAAUCCUCCGGUGCUGGCCAUUUCGGAGGUGUCGUUCCGCUACAAUCCCGAAGAUCCACUGCCCAUCUUUAAGGGCGUCAAUCUCUCUGCUACCUCGGACUCGCGUAUUUGUAUUGUCGGUGAGAACGGCGCUGGAAAGUCGACGCUGCUGAAGAUUAUCGUUGGACAGCUGAGUACUAUCUAUGGAAAUAUUGUGCUGCAUCGUGGCUUGCGUAUCGGCUACUUUGCGCAGCACCAUGUGGACCAUCUGAACAUGAACGUGACGUGUGGCGUCUUAGCUGAGCUGUUUCCCGGACGACCCGAUGAGGAGUAUCGUCGGCAGUUGGGCAGUUUUGGCAUAUCUGGUCCCCUGGCAUUGCAGAGCAUAGCCAGCUUGUCUGGUGGGCAGAAAUCACGCGUGGCCUUAGCAAAGAUGUGCAUGGCGGAACCGAAUUUCCUAGUGCUGGAUGAGCCGACAAAUCACUUAGACAUUGAGACCAUUGAUGCUUUAGGCCGAGCUAUUAAUGCCUUCAAGGGCGGUGUUAUUUUAGUUUCCCACGACGAGCGCCUUAUUAAAGUCGUUUGCAAAGAGCUCUGGGUGUGUGGUAAUCGCACGGUCAGAGCCAUUGAAGGUGGUCUGGACGAAUAUAAGCGUGAGGUUUACAAGGAAAUCGAAGCUAAUAGUUGAAUUUAAUAACAGUACAUUAUUUAUCUAUUUGUGAAACAGCCUAGCAAUAAAUUUAUAUUAUGUCUAUG